AGGUAUCGAUAUGUGUCUGGUAGUGUUACUGGUGACGUCACUUACUUCAUUUCUAUUGUAUCGGUACAGGUGCAAUGAACUAUUUAGUCACGUGACCUACAAACCGAUAAUAACAACACAGAGGGAAAACCCGACAUCAUUCCCUCGGAUUUAGCACCCAGUACGGUCGUGUCUGACAGGGGCUCUAGGAGUCCGUUCCCUGUCUGUAACCCCCGGGACCAGGAUGUAUGUAACCCCCGGGAUAUUGUGUACUGGUGUUCUAUUACUAGCUGUGUAUACAGCACCUGUCAAACUGUCCGAAGUGUACCGAUGUCCGAGUGGCUUGACCGGUACCAUGUACACAUACCGUGACCAGUGUUACCGAUAUGUACAUUCGUCAGUCACUUGGGAUGUCGCUAAUGCAGACUGUUCCUCCAGCAACGGCGGCCAUCUUGUUGUUAUCCUGGACCAGGCGAUCCAAAAUUUCAUUUCCUCGUUGCCAUUUCCUAGCGACGCAUACCAGGUCUGGAUAGGAUUCUCUGACAAAAUACAGGAGCAGACGUGGAAAUGGGUCACAGGUACUGCCUGGUCUUAUGACGCCUGGGAUCAAGCCCACCCCCAAUUGUGUUACGGAGAUAAUAGGGCUUGUCCGGAGGACUGUGCUUACCUACGGACGUCAAAUGGAAUGUGGAGUGAGGACCACUGCAACAAUGCUCACGUCAAAUAUCAGUACAUCUGUCAAUAUAACAUGUCACCUACUACGACGUCAACGACCACCACAUCAUCCCCAACGACAACCAAGCCAUCCCCAACGACAACCAAGCCAUCCCCAAUGACAACCAAACCAGCAACAAGUAAAACGCUAACUUCAUCAACUGCUACGACAACCACUUUACCGGUAACAACUCAAGUGACAACAUUGGUGACAACCAGCCCACUCAUGACGACAACAAAGACAACCAGUUCAUCCGUGACAACUGCUUCCAUAAUGUCGACAAAAUCCUCCACUACUGCUGCACCAAUGGUGGGCAGGAUGGGUCAGUUAACAGAUGACGGUGGAGCAUUGUCACAAGGUGGCCUGAUCAGUCUGUUACUGGCUUUGAUCCUUGUUUUACUGUGUGUGUUAUUACUAAAUCAGUGUUUGUUUACAGGUGGCCUGAUCGGUCUGGUACUGGCGUUGAUCCUUGUUUUACUGUGUGUGUUAUUACUAAAUCAGUGUUUGUUUACAGGUGGCCUGAUCAGUCUGUUACUGGCAUUGAUCCUUGUUUUACUGUGUGUGUUAUUACUAAAUCAGUGUUUGUUUACAGGUGGCCUGAUCGGUCUGGUACUGGCGUUGAUCCUUGUUUUACUGUGUGUGUUAUUACUAAAUCAGUGUUUGUUUACAGGUGGCCUGAUCAGUCUGUUACUGGCGUUGAUCCUUGUUUUACUGUGUGUGUUAUUACUAAAUCAGUGUUUGUUUACAGGUGGCCUGAUCAGUCUGUUACUGGCGUUGAUCCUUGUUUUACUGUGUGUGUUAUUACUAAAUCAGUGUUUGUUUACAGGUGGCCUGAUCAGUCUGUUACUGGCGUUGAUCCUUGUUUUACUGUGUGUGUUAUUACUAAAUCAGUGUUUGUUUACAGGUGGCCUGAUCAGUCUGUUACUGGCGUUGAUCCUUGUUUUACUGUGUGUGUUAUUACUAAAUCAGUGUUUGUUUACAGGUGGCCUGAUCAGUCUGUUACUGGCGUUGAUCCUUGUUUUACUGUGUGUGUUAUUACUAAAUCAGUGUUUGUUUACAGGUGGCCUGAUCAGUCUGUUACUGGCGUUGAUCCUUGUUUUACUGUGUGUGUUAUUACUAAAUCAGUGUUUGUUUACAGGUGGCCUGAUCAGUCUGUUACUGGCGUUGAUCCUUGUUUUACUGUGUGUGUUAUUACUAAAUCAGUGUUUGUUUACAGGUGGCCUGAUCAGUCUGUUACUGGCGUUGAUCCUUGUUUUACUGUGUGUGUUAUUACUAAAUCAGUGUUUGUUUACAGGUGGCCUGAUCAGUCUGUUACUGGCGUUGAUCCUUGUUUUACUGUGUGUGUUAUUACUAAAUCAGUGUUUGUUUACAGGUGGCCUGAUCAGUCUGUUACUGGCGUUGAUCCUUGUUUUACUGUGUGUGUUAUUACUAAAUCAGUGUUUGUUUACAGGUGGCCUGAUCAGUCUGUUACUGGCGUUGAUCCUUGUUUUACUGUGUGUGUUAUUACUAAAUCAGUGUUUGUUUACAGGUGGCCUGAUCAGUCUGUUACUGGCGUUGAUCCUUGUUUUACUGUGUGUGUUAUUACUAAAUCAGUGUUUGUUUACAGGUGGCCUGAUCAGUCUGUUACUGGCGUUGAUCCUUGUUUUACUGUGUGUGUUAUUACUAAAUCAGUGUUUGUUUACAGGUGGCCUGAUCAGUCUGUUACUGGCGUUGAUCCUUGUUUUACUGUGUGUGUUAUUACUAAAUCAGUGUUUGUUUACAGGUGGCCUGAUCAGUCUGUUACUGGCGUUGAUCCUUGUUUUACUGUGUGUGUUAUUACUAAAUCAGUGUUUGUUUACAGGUGGCCUGAUCAGUCUGUUACUGGCGUUGAUCCUUGUUUUACUGUGUGUGUUAUUACUAAAUCAGUGUUUGUUUACAGGUGGCCUGAUCAGUCUGUUACUGGCGUUGAUCCUUGUUUUACUGUGUGUGUUAUUACUAAAUCAGUGUUUGUUUACAGGUGGCCUGAUCAGUCUGUUACUGGCGUUGAUCCUUGUUUUACUGUGUGUGUUAUUACUAAAUCAGUGUUUGUUUACAGGUGGCCUGAUCAGUCUGUUACUGGCGUUGAUCCUUGUUUAACUGUGUGUGUUAUUACUAAAUCAGUGUUUGUUUACAGGUGGCCUGAUCGGUCUGGUACUGGCGUUGAUCCUUGUUUUACUGUGUGUG